AUGGGAUUUCCCGGUAGCAUCUAUGAAUCCGAUGGAAUCUGGGGCGACACGAAGAUUGCAAGCUGGCCGCCGACCCAGGACAGUCUCGACAAUAGGAUCAAGCCGCAGAAGGCCAAUGCCGAACUGCAGCAAAUACUCGCCGACGUCAGUGAGAACAAGGUCGACCAUAUCAUUACGACUCUUGCGAACUUCGGAACGCGGCACACACUAUCAACGCAGAACUCUAGCACGCGAGGUAUUGGUGCGGCACGAGAUUGGAUCUACGACGAGAUGAACAAGUACGCGGAAUAUUCGGAAGGCCGAAUGGGAGUGUACCUCAACAGCUACAUCCAGCCAAUCGACGGCGACAGAAUCACUUUCCCUGUCAACAUCUCCAAUGUUGUGGCUGAAAUCAAGGGCCACACGGAUCCAAACCGCGUAUAUGUCGUGACCGGCCACUACGAUUCUCGCGCGCUCGAUAUCUUGGACUACGAGAUAGACGCACCCGGCGCAGAUGAUGAUGCGAGUGGGGUCGCGGUGGUCAUGGAAAUGGCUCGAGCGUGCGCGAAGCAAAGACCUGCUGCCACGAUGAUCUUUGCCGCUGUGGCCGGCGAAGAACAAGGCCUCUAUGGAUCCGCAAACCUCGCCAAAACUCUCAAAGCCCGCAAUGUUACGGUUGGAGGCAACUGGAACAACGACAUCGUCGGCACUGGUAAAUCUCAGCCUUUUGCGCCUAUCAAUGAUUACACCAUCCGACUAUUCGGAGCUUCAGCUUUCCUACCCAACGCCUCGACUGCCGCCCAGCUACGUACUGUAGCGCAGAUUGGUGGAUGGAACGAUUCGCCAGCACAGAAUCUUGGUCGAUAUAUCGCGGAAAUCGCAGCAGGAGCAGCGAAGUAUGUCGGCAUGCAAGUUGCUCUCAUCUACCGCGCGGACCGUUUCCUCCGAGGCGGCGACCAUCAGUCUUUCUUGACCGAAGGGUUUCCUGCUGUCCGCUUCACAGAAGCUGUUGAAGACUUCACGCACGAGCAUCAGGACGUUCGCGUUCAAGACGGUGUACAGUAUGGCGACCUCGUCGAAUUCGUCGAUAUGGACUAUGUUACGCGAGUGACCAAGGUCAACUUGGCCUCGAUGUGGAGCGCAGCCAACGCACCGGCUGCGCCGCAGAACGUAACGAUCUCGCGGAGGAUUGUGAAUAAUCUGUCGCUGUUGCGAUGGACUGCUAGCAACGACUCCAUGGUGGCAGGGUAUGAGCUGGUCUGGAGGACGAGUGGAGCUUUGCAGUGGACUCACAGUUUGAACGUGGGCAACGCUGCGAACGUUACGGUCGACUUGAACAAGGACAACUACCAGCUGGGCGUGAGGGCAUAUGGGAAAGACGGAGCGAAGAGCCCGGCAGUCUGGCCGGUGCCUUCGUUGACUUGA